CUGGCGUGUGAAGGCCGGCUCCAGCCUCCUCUCGGGCACCACCACCGUCGCCGUGGCGAAGGUCUUCCUGGCUGAGGUGCCGUCCACAUCUCCCAAGGACAAUGACAUCGCCCUGGUGAAGCUGCAGUCUCCCCUGACAGGCGUGUCCGUGCACAGGAACAACCCCAUCGUCCAGAGCUGGCGUGUGAAGGCCGGCUCCAGCCUCCUCUCGGGCACCACCACCGUCGCCGUGGCGAAGGUCUUCCUGGCUGAGGUGCCGUCCACAUCUCCCAAGGACAAUGACAUCGCCCUGGUGAAGCUGCAGUCUCCCCUGCGCGUCUCAGACAGCAGCAAGCCCAUCUGCCUGCCCUACUUCGACGAGGAGCUGGUGCCAGGCACGUCGCUGUGGGUGAUAGGCUGGGGCUACACACAGGAGCACGGGAAACUGUCAGAGACCCUGCAGCAGGCAGAGGUGAGUCUCAUAGACAAGGAGAGCUGCAACCUGGACGCGUACCACGGGGCGGUCACCAAGAGGAUGCUGUGUGCCGGCCUGCCCCAAGGCGGGGUGGACACCUGCCAGGGGGACAGCGGCGGGCCCCUGCUCUACUCGGGCAGGCACUGGCAGGUCGUGGGCAUCGUCAGCUGGGGCCAGGGCUGCGGCACCCCCAGCACGCCCGGCGUCUACACCAGCGUCCGUGCCUACCUCAACUGGAUCUACGGUGUCCGGAGG